GAGUCAUUUAUGUAAACGGGAUUCAACUGGGGGAAAGACAUCUAAUAACUGGUGUUUAACUGGUUUAAAACAUUAAUUGGCCAUUUUAUUCGAGCUCAUGGACUUCAAGAGGAGAAACAAGAAGAAAAAGAGAUGCAGAGCAACAAACUGCUUCAGCAGACGAUUUGAAGAUGUCUACAGACUCCAGGAUGAGGUUCUGGGAGAAGGAGCAUACGCAGUCGUGCAGACGUGUGUCUGUCUGAGCACCAGGACAGAGUAUGCAGUGAAGAUUAUCGAGAAGAGGCCUGGCCUGAGCAGAAGUCGUGUUUUUAGAGAGGUGGAGAUUCUCUAUCAGUGCCAAGGCCACAGAAACAUUCUGGAGCUGGUGGAGUUUUUUGAAGAAGACGACAGAUUCUACUUGGUAUUUGAGAAGCUCAGAGGAGGUUCACUGUUGACUCAUAUUCACAGAAGGCAGAGUUUUAGUGAACAGGAAGUCAGUGCUGUGGUGCAGGACAUCGCCACCGCUUUACACUUCCUGCACAGUAAAGGAAUGGCACAUAGAGACCUGAAGCCUGAGAACAUCCUCUGUGAGCACAGUGACAGGAUGUGUCCAGUGAAGAUCUGUGAUUUUGACCUGGGCAGCGGGAUGAAGAUGAGCAGCGACAGUGACCUUAUCUCCAGUCCUCAGCUACUCACUCCGUGCGGUUCGGCCGAGUACAUGGCCCCCGAGGUGGUGGAGGUGUUUAACGAGGAGAUCAGUGUUUAUGAUAAACGCUGUGAUCUGUGGAGUCUCGGCGUCGUCCUCUACAUCCUGCUCAGUGGAUCUCCACCAUUCACGGGUCACUGCGGUACCGGGUGUGGCUGGGAUCAGGGGGAACCGUGCCACCAGUGCCAGAUCAUGCUGUUUGAGAACAUUCAGGAAGGAAAAUACGAGUUUCCAGAGAAGGACUGGGCUCACAUCUCUGCUGAGGCUAAAGAUCUUGUUUGCAAACUGUUAGUGCGGGACGCUAAACAGCGGCUGAGUGCGGAGCAGGUCCUCAAGCACCCAUGGGUACAGGGGCAUGCUCAAAACACAACACCGACACUGCAUUCAAGGGGGUCACGUGUCCAGGACCUCACAUUCUUCACCGCUCAGGUGGUGGCAGUGAACCGUCAGCUGGUCCAGCAGGAAGUGAACGAUGAGUCGGAGGAUAGGAACCAUUUUGGAUUUCGUUCCUUCCUGUUUUGCCCUGCGUCUCCGAACUCACUGCGUCUGUCACGAUUGGCUGAGCGGCGCAGGGAGAGAAGCCGUCACCUCCUCAGCCCUCUGCUCACGGUCGGAGGAGCUACUUAAUGUCCCUGCGUCAUCCUGUCAGUGUGUUGAACAGAGCGAAUGCAUUGCUGGUAAUUCUAGUAAAGUACUGAAACCUCACACUGUUCCAGAUGCAUGGACUUUGUAAGCAGGACUGAAGGAAUGUGCAAUAAUUAUGCCAUCUGAUUCAAUGAGCUUACACACACACACACACACACACUUUUCAAUGAAUGUUAAUCCCCUGACACAUAAUGUCGGAUUAUCUCCUAGAUUAAUUAGGACACAUUUUUUCUUAAGUUAAUUCUUUUUUAAAAACACAUUUUACAUCUUAAUAUCUUUUCUUAAUAAUAAGAAAAAGGUAAAAAUUGACAUCAGAUGUACUGCUGUGUUCUUUAUUGCUGAAUCAGGAGACAAGAAACUUCUGGAACAUUAUUGACUCAAACAGCACUGAUUGUUUUUCAUAUGUAAAUAUAUUUAUUCUUAUUUUUAGCUCUGAUCUUUUUAACUUUGGAUUUUUUUUUUAUUUGGAUUUAAGUUUAUUUGAGAUUUUUUUUAUUUAUUAACAUGAGUUAAUUUAAUCUUUGUCUCUUUUGUCAGUGUUUCCAUUAUUCAUCCGUUUGUAUAGUCUACAAAAAAGUUUUUGCCCUGUUUCCAGUGUUUGUGUCUGAUAUAAACACAAUUUCACCCAUAGUAUCACUGAUGUUUAGCUUACUGUGUAGGCAUAAGAUGGAAGAGACUGAACUUCUGAGAUUAUUUAUUUUUUGUGAAUCAAACUCAGCUUUUUUUUAUUUUAUUUUUGGUAUUCUGAGAGACUA